CCUAGGGCUUGCAAUGCCUUCUUUCAUUUGGGCAUAGAAGCUGCAUUCCACGAUUGAAAACUGCUUGAUGCAAUAGAUUACGGUGUUACAAACAUUACUGCUCCUGAAUCAUUCGUGAGCCGGCCAAGGCGCCCAGGAUUUAUCUUCGGGUCAUGGAUGUGGCGAGAGUGCAUUGUUAUAUGAGAAAUAGACGAGAAUGGACGAACCUCACAGGCUGGACCGGUAUGACACCAGUAGUUCUGAACACAUCAUCUCAUUAAUCUACAAAGUCCCUGAUGCCAUUCUACGGGCGGAACUUUCCCGGCGAAGUAGCACCCAGCGUUCGAACGAUGAUACCACGACCUGCGGUUCAAGGGAACGGGGUGCCUACAACACCCCAGUACAUGUCUUCGCGCUAUUCCUUAUCCUCGUGUUGAGUACCCUAGCAUGCUCGUUUCCCGUCCUUGCUCGUCGAUUUCCGCGCCUACCGAUUCCGCGCCGGUUCCUUUUCCUGUCCAGGCACUUUGGGACAGGAGUACUGAUUGCCACGGCCUUUGUCCAUCUACUCCCUACCGCAUUCGUCUCAUUGACCGACCCUUGCCUUCCUCGGUUCUGGAGCCAAACCUACCGUGCCAUGGCCGGCUUUGUGGCUAUGAUCUCUGUGUUCGUUGUCGUACUAGUCGAGAUGUUUUUCGCCUUGAAAGGAGCAGGCCAUGUGCAUGGGAGUGAAUAUGACCAAUUGAUCGGUGAUGUUGGCGCUGAUUCUGCAAGUGACGAUCAGGAUGAAGAAAUCAACUUCAGAGACGGAGUGGGCGAAGAUAUCCACCUUGAUAGCAUCGAAGAGCAUACUCCUUCACAGCCUUCCGGACCACUUGAAAGAACGUCAGCUGGUGAAUGCUCUAGGCCGAAGAAUACGGAUUUAGCCGUGUCCACGGAAGGUCGCGACAUGGAGUAUGGAGAGUCAGAUCCAUAUGAAAGUGCUUCCAUCAAUAUACAAAAAGGGCGUCGUGACCAGUCCUGGCGUUCUGGUGGUCAUCGGUCUCAUGCUGCUGUACAUCAAGGGACAGAUAUCGACUCGUCCAGGCAGAAUCCACAACGCCUGUUGCUCCAGUGUCUGUUGCUCGAGGCUGGAAUUCUAUUUCACAGCAUUUUUAUCGGAAUGGCCCUCAGUGUGGCCACAGGAACGCCUUUUAUUGUCCUUCUUGUGGCUAUCUGCUUUCAUCAAACCUUCGAAGGCUUCGCUCUCGGAUCCCGGAUCGCGUCUCUCAUCCCGGAUCUCUUCCCUCCAUCAUCAUUCAGGCCAUGGCUUAUGGCCCUCGCGUAUGGAACUACUACCCCCAUAGGGCAAGCCAUGGGUCUUUUGCUGCAUAAUCUAUAUGACCCAACCAGCACCACUGGUCUACUUAUGGUCGGAAUUACUAACGCCAUUAGCAGCGGGCUGUUGCUAUUCGCGGGGCUUGUCGAACUUCUUGCAGAGGACUUUCUAAGUGAAACAAGCUAUGCGACACUUAGGGGUCAAAGGCGCAUUGAAGCCUGUAUGGCAGUUGCAGGGGGCGCUUUGCUGAUGGCAUUCGUUGGUGCAUUUGCCUGAACACAUACGCAGUCUUUCUAACACCACCGAUGUAGAACCAUAGCCCGUAUACCAUACUAUAUAGCAUGCACCGGUUCAAAUACCAUCGUGGCUCGUCUAGUACUCAAGAUGCACCUGGGCGCUCUAGGCUACUAUGUCAAUAUCGUCGACGGCCAACCGUUUUUUGCUAGCAAAGAAUUAAAGGCAAAUCAUGAAAAUGG